CACGGAUUGCGAUAACAUGGAUUAGACAUUUUCUACUACCCUUGCAGACAUCGUCGGCCAAGGGGUCUCCAUGCUUCACAGGCCGAAGUUCUGGUAUGGGUUUCCCUACCAUAGGACUGUAUUACACCUCAAUUACUAAAAUGGCCAACAGCGGUGGCGUUUGGAAGCAGGCGAGCAUUUGUUAGUAGUCCCGCGUGCUAUAUGCACUUCCAUUUUACCAUAAGGUUGUCCCAGAUUGAAAUACUUUUGCCAUGAACGGUUAUAAAACUGCGGAGCAACUUCUUAGGCAGCAGAACUCGACGAAGGCUCAUGAAGCACAGCUGCUGGACGCACGGAAGCAAAGGAAGGAGACGGAUGGACAACUCCAGCGCUCGAGCAAAAGCCUAAACAGCGAUGUCGGCGGCGCUGGUGGUGUUAGUGCGCCUAGCGCGCCUCCCCCAGGCGCGUUGGGCCAUCCCCCAAGGGCGCCCAGUGCAUCACGAGCCCGGCCACCAGCGGUGCUAGCGGGUCGGGGUUCAGAUAAAGCGAAUAAGCUGCCUCCAGCUGACGGCGCCGCCGCAGCUGCUGCCGUCGCGACCACCUCUGCCCGCCGGCAUUCUGCGGACGUACCCUCCAUCGCGGCUGCAGCGGCAACGGCGACGCUCCCGCAUUCGCGUUCAGCAUCAGGCAAAAGCUCCUCUCGCCCCGCUGUGGCGGCGACGGCGACGGCGGAGGAGGAUGGUCGCGUGCUUUUAUCUGGAGCCUCAACAGGGCCCUUGGCCGCCUCGUUACUAUCAUUAUCAUCGUCAUCAUCAUCUGGGCCGAAUCAUAUCGCGGGACUGCAACAGCUCUCUGGCACUCAACAAUACAGCACGGAUUCAGACCUGGCACAGGGCUUGGGUGGAAGCGGUGGCGCGGCAGCGGGCCGCAGCGGCGCCAUGACCCUCAUCCACGGCGGCAGCGAGCUGGCCGCGGCGGAGCUGCCGACGGCCUUGAGCAGCGGGGGCAGCGGCGGGGCGGCAUACUCGGGCAGGAACACGAUGACGGUGAUCCACGGCGCUGCGCAGGCGGCGGGCGAGCUGGAUGGGGAGGUGAUUGAGGAGCUGCAACGAGGCGGCCGCAGCGGUGGUGGUGGCACCGGAGGAAAUGGAGGAGAAGGCCCAUCGGGGCUUCAGGAGUUUGCGACAGAGAGCGGGAGAAAGGUCGUGGUGGUCAAGGCUAGUCGCAAGCCAGAGGGCACAGCCGCAGCCACGGCGGUCUCCGCGGCCGGGGUGGGCUGGGGCAUGGGCGGCCGCAGCGCCGGUGGCGCUGCCCCCAUUGCGCCCCUGGAAGCCCGGCAGCUGCAGGCGGAGAUGGCGAAGAAGCAGCAGAUCUGGAAGGUUCGCAAGACGUUUGGACUUGAGCCCACGCCGCUGUCAGAUCGCUCAGCGCAGGUGGAGGAGCUUGGAGCUGGCGCUUGGCAGUAG